AUGUCGGCGCUGGAGUGGUUCGCGCACAAGCCCCUGGGCGACGGGAUCUUCUGGAUCCAAGAGCGCUUCUACGAGUCGGGCAACCGGGCGAACAUCUGGCUGGUGCGGGGCUCGCAGCGGGACGUGGUGAUCGACGCGGGGCUGGGGUUGCGCAGCCUGCCCGACUAUCUGCGCGCCGCCGGGCUUCUGACGCCGGCGGAGGGGAGCGAGCCGCGGCCGCUGCUGGCUGUGGCCACCCACGUUCAUUUCGACCACUCGGGAGGGCUGCAGCACUUCGACGAGGUCGCGGUGCACAGCGCCGAGGCGGCAGCCCUGCAGAGCGGCGACAACUAUGAGACCGUCACCUGGCUGUCGGACCGGGAGGUGGCCCGGCCACCGCGGCCCGGCUGGCGGGCACGGCAGUUCCGCGUCCCGCCCGUCAGGCCCAGCCGCCUGCUGCAGGAGGGAGAUGUGAUCAGCCUUGGAGACCGACAGCUCACUGUCAUGCACAUGCCAGGUCACUCCAGAGGCAGCAUUUGCCUACACGACAAAGACCGGAAGAUUCUGUUCAGUGGGGACGUGGUGUACGACGGAUCCAUGAUUGACUGGCUUCCCUACAGCAGAAUAAGUGACUAUGUUGCAAGCUGCCAGCGCCUCAUAGAGCUGGUCGACAGAGGUCUGGUGGAGAAGGUAUUGCCUGGGCACUUUAACAUGUUUGGGGCAGAAAGGCUGUAUCGGUUAGCAUCCAACUACAUUUCACAAGCUGGAAUUUGCCACAAGGUUUCUACUUGUGCCAUGAGAUCCAUUGCUAGCAUGGUACUUCGUGUUACAAAUUCUAGAGUCACUUCUUAGUUCAUUUGGUGUGGUCUGUUCCCUGCUCAAAACCAAAAGGCUUGUGAAAGUAUUGAUACAAGCAAAGGCAGUAUGCAUUAGUGAACACCUGGCAAAUUGGUGCAGAUGAGCUGCAAAAAGACCCCUAUUUUUGUCUAGUUUAUUCUUAUUUUUAUAAAAAGAGCAUAAGCUAUAGCCUUAGCCAAAGCUACCAUUUUCCCUAUUUUUCCACAGCAUGUUUGCACAUGCAUUGUGAUUGAAAUAUAUUGAUUUAUUUUUUGUUCUGAUUCUGCUGGAUAUGUAUGUGCCAAAAGGAAAGGUUUUGCUUUCACACCUGAAACCUUGUUGAUGUAGCACUAGGCUUGUGACCAUUCACUCAACUCCUGCUCAGGUUUUGGCCUAACACAGCUCAUUCUAAGAUGUGAUGUGUGUUGGGAGCAGCACUGUUGGGUCAAAGCAAGAGCAACACCCAGGCAGGACUCUGGGCAGCAAGAGACAAGGGCCAUGCUGUAGCUGUUGUCACCUGCUGCUUGGUGUCUGCUGUGCCCAUUGUUGUCUAUGUCUUUGCAAAGGAGCUGUCUGGUAGUUUCCUUAGAAUCCACUAAUGUAUGAAAAUUAUAUAGACCGUACUUCCAAACUGCAAGGUGUAGAUACAUCAGCUUACCAAAAAGCUUUUGAUGUAGAUCCAGCAGCAGAUGGACUGAGGCUUUCCCUUGCUCCAUGACAGAGGAGCAAGAAUGAACUUUCACCAUCAGCUAGGGAACUGUUUUGCUUGUGGCCAUGUGACUUAGAAAUUAGACAAUUUGUGAACUAAUUAAUGUGCUAGAUUAGCCUGUACAGAGUGGAUUGAGCCCUUGCUUGAUGUAUUUAUUUUUUUUCCUGAUGACCUCAUUAAAAAAUAUUCGUAGAGUGCAUUGUUCUGUAAAUCUGAAUUUGACUGUGACAAACUUAAAGAUUUUGCAUUUAAGAGUAUUUUUAUGUGACUGGAUUGUGACUUGGUUUUAAAGCUCUGGCAGGGGGAAGGAUGGAGGCUUUAACAUUUCUUCCUCUACUGUCGGUCCUGAAUUAACAGCUGGUGCACUUGUUACUACAAUGUGAAUGUCACUUGAGCUGUUUACUGUGUGCUUAUGAAGUGUUUGCUGCAUAUGUUUUUUAUGAGAAGUGCAUUGCAUUCAAGUCUGCUGAAAAAAAAAAGCUGAAUACACUGGGAAAUGCUAAAUGACAUUGUAACUUGCUUAUGAAGAUUGAAUGUGUGGUAUUUAAAAGCUGUUUAAAUGGUCAGAGUUUGUGUAAUUAUUCUAGCAGUCUCUAUAUAACUUUUUUAAAAGGAUGCUGAUGUUAUUUUUGUAUAUAGACAUAAGUACUUUCCUAAAAAGAGUGUGCUUUUCCCAGAUUUUAGUGGAGUUUAACCUCAUUUGUUUGGAUUUGACUUUAUGGGAAGCUUCUUCCUCCCGUUUCAUUAUACCAAUAGAAAGGGAGUCCAGAGUUUGGGCCCUAAGGCAUGGGUGAGCGGAAAUUGAUAGCCUUCUUAAGAGAUGUAAAUUCUGGUGAAUAGACCAGUUGUAAAAUAAAAAAAGCAUCUCUUUUCUGAAAAUUAUGAAAGGGAGUAUCAUAUAUAAUCCUUUCACAACCACAGCCUGCCUUUACUCUCUGAAUAUAUACUUCACCAGGAUUUAUACUGAUAGGUUGUGACGUGCCUAGUUUUUGUUAGCAGUGCCUGUAUUCAAGCAGUAGCAAAAUUGUGAGUGGUCAGGACAGAUGCAGCAAUGCAGCACUUGAAAGACCUGUUACCACACAGUUCAUAGUCUCUUUUUUGGAGGAAUCCAAGUACAUCAGUGCAUUACAUGAGGAAUGCUUAAUUAGUGGGUAGAAAUCUGUCAUAAACAAAGCCAAGAGCUUUUUGUCUCAGCCAGAGAAGAAACGCAGGUUGACCUGACAGCUGAUGCAUGCUGUUAUUUACACAGCAGUCCAGACACUGUUCUUGAUAGCCAGGGGUUCACAGUGAGCAAUCACAGAUCUGAAGUGGCAAGUGAGAAAGUGAAAAUGGCUGAAGAAAUGUGUAGUACUGGAUGUUAUACCAGGUACCCUGAUGAAGCGAUAGUGUCACAGGUUACCCACUCUGAAUUUCUCCCAGUUAGCAAUCUAUGGUGUAAUACCAGCAGUAAUCUUGCUCCUUGUUUCUGUGAAGGCUGUAGGAGCACCAGUGAUAACCUCAUGGAAGAGCACGAAGACCUCUUCUGUCUCAAAGCCUGCCAAUAUGUCUGCCAGUUGCUCCAUUAUUCAUUAGGAGAGUCAGGUCACAUUGAAUUAGCACUUUGUGUUAUACCAUUAUUACUUUAUUUGAUUCAAUAUUAGAAGCUCUGUAGGCAGAUUUUACAGUAUUGUAAAACCUAAGGGAAGGCUCACAGGCAUGGCCAUUCAAAAUGAAAGAUACCCUCCAUCAUUCGUGUUUAAAUCUCUGCUUUGUAGCAGCCAGAAGAUCCUUAAAUGUUCAGAUCAUUGUCAAAAGGCCCCAUUUAACCAUGCUUAAGUCCAUUAAGUAUAUGUUGAUAAUAGCAAUUGCCUGGGUUUUUUUCCUUGACCAAAACUUAGGGGAUAAUUUCCUCGCUCAGAAGGGAGCAUUACAUGAACACAGUCCAAAGUGGAGUGUGUUAAAACUGCUGCUAUAACCUAGUUGAAAGUAGUUUUUGAGAGUCUCAGAGUUAUUUUUAUAUUGUAAGAAAUCCACUAAGAGGUAAAUGUUACCUCUGCAGUGCGAAGAACUGGCUCUGACUAUUUUUGUUAAGAAUUACCAAGUUUUAGUCCUAAGAGUUUUGACAGUGGCCCUUUAACACUACUUGGAUUAAAUAUUUAAAAUGUAUAUUGUAAAUUUAAAUAUUGUAACAACUUGGGGAUUUAGAACUGUGUUAAUUUAUUUGUAAAAUUUAAAUGUAUAUUAAUGCAGUUUUCAGUAGACUGGGGAAUUGACAAAAUCAGAUGGGAAGUUUUGCUCUGUAACAUGUCAAGACUUUUGUGAUG